UGAGACUACUGCGCGAACCAGUCCGACGUUACCUCUGCAGAGGAAAACGCAAUGGAUCCCUGAUCGCUUUCCUUUCUAUCUCCCUUCACGCCUUGAAAACAAAACUCGCAUCCAACAUACUGCUUUAUCUACUAUUUAUCUGAGGCGUUACAGGGCGGUGCAACAAUGUGGAUCCAGGUUCGCACGAUAGACGGGAAGGAGACGCGAACCGUUGAGGAUCUUUCUAGACUGACCAAAAUUGAGUCUUUACGUUUGAAAAUACAGGACAUCUUCAGUGUAAACCCACAGCAGCAGCGCCUGUUCUACCGAGGAAAGCAGAUGGAAGAUGGCCAGACGCUGUUUGACUAUAACGUGGGACUGAAUGACAUCGUGCAGCUGCUGAUUCGCUCGCAGACUGACCCUCCAGACAGCCCCGCCACCAAGGACUCCUCCGGAGUGGCCUGUAGUUCAGCCCCCCCGACGGACUGCAGGUCAGAAAGCCACAACUCCCCAGCUCCCGGCUCCCCCGCUGCUAUGGAAAUCUCCCCCAAUAUAGACAAUGAACGCAGCAGCGUCAAUCCCAGCACUGUUAAUGAAACCAAGCCGGACACCAGCGCUACCGGUAACUCAGCCAGUACCAAAAAUGGGUUCAAGCCCCCCAGUCCAGCACGGGACACUCAGCCCCCCACAUCCAGCAGAAACACACUAGUGGACCCAGGAAUUGGUGUGUACAAGAUUUACGAGCUGGUGGACUGCAGAGACGUCAGCAUCGGUGCCUGGUUUGAGGCCUGCAUCGAAAACGUGACACGGGCUCCCAAAGGACAGAUAACGCCCACCAAGGGCAAGGUGGGCCGGCCCCCAAAAAGGACUAAUGGAAAGCUGGAGGCCGAGCAGGGACAGGCCCACGGCCAGGGCCAAACCACAGACAGUAACAGGAAUAUUGUUGCGUUAAGCUCUGAGAGUAACGGAGCCUCCACCUCUCAGACAGACUCUGCAGCAGCUUCAGAAACCAAGGAGAGAGAAGAGGAUGUAAUGUACCAUAUUAAAUAUGACGACUAUCCAGAGAACGGUGUGGUAGAGAUACGGCCGGUGGAUGUUCGGCCCCGUGCCAGGACCCUGCUGCGGUGGGACCAGCUGCAGGUGGGCAUGCGGGUGAUGGUCAACUACAACAUGGAGACGCCAGAGGAGAGGGGCUUCUGGUUUGAUGCCGAGGUUCAGGCCCUUAACCAACCCUCCCGCACCAACAAAGAGCUUCGAGUCAAGAUCCUCCUGGGGGGUCCUGGAGAUAUAAUCGGGGAUUGUAAAGUUCACUUUCUUGAUGAAAUCUACCAGUUGGAGAGACCAGGAGCUCCUGCCCUCUCAGCUUCAGAUGGACAAUUUAAACGGAAGAGCGGGCCAGAGUGUAAGCACUGCAAGGCUGACCCUGAGGCCGAGUGUCGCUUCUGCUCCUGCUGUGUGUGCGGCGGGAAGCAGGAUGCUCACAUGCAGCUGCUGUGUGACGAGUGCAACAUGGCGUUCCACAUCUACUGCCUCAACCCGCCGCUGUCCACCAUCCCAGAUGACGAGGACUGGUACUGUCCCACCUGUAAGAACGACACCAGUGAGGUUGUGAAGGCAGGCGAAAAGCUCAAAGCCAGCAAGAAAAAAGCCAAGAUGCCUUCGGCGACAACUGAGAGUCAAAGGGACUGGGGAAAGGGUAUGGCCUGUGUGGGGCGUACUAAGGAGUGCACAAUUGUUCCUUCAAACCAUUAUGGACCCAUACCUGGUGUUCCUGUUGGGACCACCUGGAAAUUCAGAGUUCAGGUGAGUGAGGCAGGCGUUCACAGGCCGCAUGUUGGUGGUAUCCAUGGGCGCAGUAACGAUGGCUCCUAUUCGCUGGUGCUGGCUGGUGGCUUUGAGGAUGAAGUGGAUCGGGGGGAUGAGUUCACCUACACAGGCAGCGGGGGUCGUGACCUCUCAGGCAACAAACGGAUUGGAGAGCACUCUUUUGACCAGACCCUGACACACAUGAACAGGGCGUUGGCUUUAAACUGCGAUGCACCGCUGAACGACAAAGACGGGGCAGAGUCCAGGAACUGGCGGGCAGGAAAGCCAGUGAGAGUUGUGCGCAGUUCUAAAGGUCGACGCAUCAGCAAAUACGCUCCUGAGGAGGGAAACCGCUACGAUGGUAUUUACAAGGUGGUAAAAUACUGGCCAGAGAUUGGAAAGUGUGGUUACCUGGUGUGGCGGUACCUGUUGAGACGGGAUGAUCUGGAACCAGCACCUUGGACACCUGAAGGAUUGGAGAGGAUCACAAAACUGGGCCUUGCUGUUCAGUACCCGCCCGGCUACUUGUCAGCCAUGGCCAACAAAACAAAGAAGGAGGCCUGUGCCAGACCUGGUCGUGGUGGCCGCAGUAAGCACUAUCCCGGGAGGGGGAGACCACGGAGACGCAAGAUCAAGGAGAAAGAAGAGAAUGACGACGAUGAGGAGUACGGGAAGCCAAUUGCCAGUACGGAUGAAGAGGAGCCACAGAGUAAUGGAGAGAAGAAGACAACCAGAGAAAUUGAAUCAUCACCAGCUGCAGAGCCUCUCACUAAAAAGGUGAAGAUAGAGGAGACUUUCCAGCUGUCAGAGCAGCAGAAGCAGUUGAUCCGGGAGGACACAGCUAACAAGAAACUCUGGGAUGAAGCCAUGGGACACCUUAAAGAGGGACCGAAUUUCCUGAGGAAGAUGGAGCAGAUCUUUAUGUGUGUGUGCUGCCAGGAGCUGGCUUUCCAACCCAUCACCACUAUCUGCACACACAAUGUUUGCAAGACUUGUCUACAGCGGUCGUUCCGAGCACAGGUCUACACCUGCCCCGCCUGCCGUCAUGACCUGGGCCAAGACUACGUGAUGACCCAAAACGUGACGCUUCAGGUGCUGCUUGACCAGUUCUAUCCGGGCUACAGCAAGGGCCGAUGAGGACAAAAUCAACUUUAUAAGUAGAAUACGUACAUACGCGCACAUAAGCAUCCAUUCUGUGCACCUGUGUACAAAUACCUAGAGCUCCACUUUAAAAUGCAUUACGCACACAUACUGUACUUUCACUCGGGCAAAUGUAUAUUGCAUAUACAGCCAUUUAAUGUACACAAUCAUUCACACACAAACAACCUCAGUAGGGCCUGACCUCAUCUGUUAAACCUGGACCGUCUCCAUUAACAUCACCAGCCUGAAAUUCAAAGGACAUUUUAUAGGCUCCCAACUUUAGCCCCCAUAAACGCACAAAAGGAGCCUAAAUUCAAACCCACUAUCCACCUCAACAUAUUAGUUUUUUUGUUUCCCGCUCCACUGUGUUGUUUACUCAUUUGAUACUCAAGUUGAUAAAGCACAUUGUUUGAGUGCAAAUUCCUCCCCAGCAAUAUUAUGGGAUCGUCCUUCUUCUCCUGCCAACCUGUAUGCAAUUUGUGUACCAUUUGAGCAAAAAUACUGAGCUGCUUCAAAUAUUUGCAGUAUUUUAGGCAUCUGGCAAAUAAAGGUGCUAGUUAAAUGCAGAGAUUAAGGCACAGCAGGAAAUCACACCCACUGCCCAAGAUUCAGAAUCAGCAAGAAGGUUACAUGACGAGUUUGCAUGUAAUGGCACGGUAAAAUGAACCAGUAUGUCUAUAUAAAAUAGAAGCACACAUCGUUUAAUGCCUUUUAAAGCACUUUAUCAAUGACAUGACUUAUUAUGUAGGUUAAUCUGGAGCAUGUGUUAGCAAUCUACUAACUGCUCCUGUCACUUGGAAAAAUGCCAUUAUAAAAUGUCUUGCCAGAGCAUUUCAGAAAACAGAAAUUUGGCAGCUGUCUCCGGUUUGUUUGGAGCGUCCGGAGAUUUCUGGGUUAAAAAAAACAGCAUCCUCGUAGUGAACCUAACAGUGAUCAUCAGGCACAACUCUUUCAGAUUUAAUAAGGAGAAAUAAAGGCAUUAAGUUCAUAAACAUACCAUAGACAUGAAGCACUAGAUCAGUUCAGAGGCAAAUAUCUGCAGAAUCCGGCCAAAAUAUGUUGUUUCUAAUGAGGAAUCACACCUGAAAAUAAAAUGCACUUAUCUCAAACAUGA